UUGAGUGAACGUAGAUCGCCAACCUGUACGCUCACAUUCGUCGCUGCAGGAGGCAGGUAUGGAGAGCGCAUCGAAAUCACUUUCUUAUCGUUCCAGAUUGGGAUCUUCGAGCUGGAUAGAUCCACUUGCCUGCGUGGCUAUAUGGAAGUGGAGGAAAAUAACCCGGUUGCAAAAAAGAGAAGAUCUCGUAGUCGACCAAAAAAGAAAAGCUCACCGAGGGUGAAGGGUCCACCUCUACGAGCGCCAUCGGGUUCUUUCUGUGGGCCUCUCAUAGGAGAAUCUGCGACAUUCUACAGCAUGGGCGACAGUGUUAAAUUGACAGUAUUCGUACCUCCACAAGGUGCAGCUGGACAACCUGUGGUACCUCGCCUGUAUCUCACGUACCGAUUUUUGCGAAAGGAUAGUAUUGAACAGUCUUCCCAUAUCAGUAGAGGAGUAGUCGCUGCUUCGAAGUGUGGUUCGGUGCUCACGAAUUGUCAUUUUCGACACUGCAUCAUAAGGUCGCCGAAUUUCCCAGGUUUCUAUUUACGCAACAUAUCCUGUAGAUACUGGGUACGUCAAGACUCAGCACCCCCCGGCAAAGUAGCACAAAUUGAAGUACAUCAAGAGAACGAAUUCAAGAUCAAUGUACCCCGAGGCCACACCAAUAAUGACCGCUAUAAGCCCGGCACUCUUACAUCGGAGUGCGCUGGAGACGUCAUCAAAAUCUUCGAUGGUAGAACUUCAGAAGCUCCUCUCUUGGCAGAAUUUUGUGGAGCUGGACCACUACCAGUGAUCCGAUCCAGUGGACCGAAUAUGAUGAUCCAGCUGGUCAGUGUUCCUUCCCAGCCGCUUGCCAAUUCUCAUUUUGAGCUCGCCGUCCGAAUUCAUUUCGCCCGAAACAAAGGCCUUCGAGUUGCUUCCGAAGGUUGCUCUGUAACGGUCGAUGGAGGCAGACAUCCGGUAGGGAUACUCAGCCUGCCGGACCAUUCCGUCCCAUCAGGUACGAUUUGCACUUAUCGAGUAAUAGGGCGGAAACCGACAGAUAGAGUUUGGCUGUACUUUGCUUCUUAUCACGUGCCUGAUCUCCAUCCAUGGUCGGAUGAUGAACAUUGUGACGUUGGAAAAUUAGAAAUCCAACACUCUAUGCCAAAAAUCCGACAUCAUCAUCAUCAACACAAUUACUAUCACUAUCAUCGUACUACAGCUGCAUCUUUGUCAGAGCAACAAAACAGCGCUUCUUCACUUCUAGUAGAAACUUACUGCGAAAAGCGAUCCCCUAGACAAUGCGGUCAUGCAUCAGAUUUUCCUGAUUUAGUUCCAUCUAGGCCUUGUUCAGUGCCUGAAGAGAGCUACUUGAGUCCAGGACCUGAAAUUGUGCUCAAGAUGUCGUUCUUGUCGUCUACAACUAUUAAAAACAAUGGUGCUCCCCAUUUUACAGCACGAUAUGAAGUUGUAGAAACUUCAUCUUUCAUGCAAGAUGUUUCUUCCGAGCUUUGUUUUUCCGUUAUCAAUAGCAGGGAACACCCUUCAGGUACACUCGAAUCACCAAGAAACAUAUUCUUAUAUGGUAGAGGGGGCUCUAAACAUUUGUUAUGCAGAUAUGAACUUCGAGGUACCAAACAGCAAAGAGUACGAAUCAUAGUGAAUGAGAUUUAUUUCCCUUCCACUGUUCUUUGUAACACAGUGUUUGAUGCAGUAACUCAGCGUCACGAAUGUAAAAUUUUCCAACUUUCAAAAUUCGCAGCGAUCAAUGUUACAGAAAUAUGGCAAGAUAUGAAAAUUUUCGUUGGCUGCGCAUGUGAUUCUAGUGCUAGCUUCAUUCUGGAGACUGUAGGGCACCAAGCAGAUGUUGAAUUCCUUGUUAGAAACAUGGGACCCAAAGAUGAUUUUAGGACUUUUAGAUUUACGCUGAGCUAUGAAUUCGUGCCUGCUUCAAGUGUAUGUGAGAAUGCGCAUUCUAGUGGUUCCCACGUCAUGAGUGGCUCUCGUGGACAACUAGGGUUCAGCUUACAUGGAAACCUUCCCUUACAAUGCAGAUGGCUGCUAGCAGCAUUCCCUUCUAGAGCAUUAUACAUCACAAUCAAAGGCCGAAAAUUUGAUAAGGAAUGCAAGAACAAAAUUCUGUUUUACAGUGUUUAUAACAAGGAGCCUUAUGCAGUCUUUUGUUCCUCGAAUGAUGAAAUUUAUGAAUCCUUUUUUACUGAAUCAUGGCAUCCGGAAAACCGCCAUCCUUUCCAUCCUGAUCUCACGUUAAUGGAGUUCCUAAUGGGAGAACCAGGACAACUAGAGAUGAAAUGGAUCGAAGUGACUCGACCUGGCCCAAAUCCCUGCAAAUUAGAAUGCCCAGAACUGGAAGCGUGCAUUGGAGAGGACUUAGCCUGCGAUGGAAUUCAUCACUGUCCAGUGACAGCAAACGACGAAGACCCUGAGCGUUGCACUCAGUUCCCAUUGACUACUCUUGUCCUGUGUACGGCGACAGCUGUGGCACUUUUGGUUAUGACAGCUCUUGGCCUUUUAAUCAGACAUAAACUCACUAAAUCGUCAGACAAGACAGUGAUUCCUCCACCAGAUAUGUACCGAAAUGACUACAAGCGUAAACCCACCAAUAAAUCACCGGUGAGGUAGCAUUCUGCAGAUAGGUUCUGGAUUUCGGAACCACCUCAUGAAGAAGAUGGACUUUAUUUUUCUCAAUCUAACGUCAACAAAGCUCACCUAGAGAACAUGGAUCGAGUUUAUUCUGAGACGAAAGUGUGAUUUGCAACCCAACGAGGAAAAGAAAAUUUUACAAAUGUGUUGCUUUAAUUACUUUAACUACAGUGUCUAACAAAGCUACGUCGUCAGCUUGCAAACUCCAACUGAAACUCGCAGUUCUUGUUGCAAAUGUACCAAAUGAUUUGUGAUAUCGACCGAAGGAGUUGCCUUAGACUGUACCCUGAGUGGGCGUUUCUCAGGAAAUGGCCGCACUGCAGCAGGCAGUACUGAAAGAAAGCUUUAAAAAUGUACUAAUGGAUUAAAAGGACCAGAGUGCUUUUUUACAAAUAUUAAAUACCAGAAUGAGGAAUGGUGCUAGGAAUUCAUCAGACAUGCUUGCUAUUCAAAUGAAAUUCCACUUAAUUGUACAUUUCAUCAAGUAAUUUGGAUUACUAUAUGGUUUAAUUUAAGAUUUAUCGGCCAUGAGAAUUUAAAAUAAAAGCUGUUUUAUGGUUAAAUCAUCGGCAUGAAAUAAUUGUGACUGGGAAAAAGUUAUUUAUGUUGUUUUUGCAUAGUUUAAAUUUUUUAAGUUUAAUGCUGAUAAGUGUGAAUGUCUACAUUGAUCAAAAUUAUUUUGCAGUCGCAGGCUUUCUCUUUCUUUCAUAGCAUAAUGAUUAAUAAUCAUAAUUUCAAACUGGCAUUCUGAAUGAAGAUAACCGUUUUUAGCAAGAUUCGUAUUUGAAUGCAGAUGAAAAAUAUAUCAAUAGAACGCAUAAAUGCAUUCAUUUAUAUUUAUAUGUCAUAAAAAUUUCAGAUGUACCUUAAGUAUUUUUUUC